AUGAAUGUCGCCGACCAUCUCUGGGCCUUGCUUGUGGGAGGCUGCGUUUGCAUUCCAUCCAGGGAAGACACGAGGUUCAAUCUCGAUAAAGCCAUUAUGGAUUUCAAUGCCAACUGGAUUAGCCUCACCCUCUCCGUUGCUCGAACUUUGACGCCCGACCAAGUUCCAUCGCUUAAGACUCUGGUCCUGCUUGGAGAGCCCAUGACGCCCGGCGACGUUGAAAUGUGGCCUUCCAGGGUCGCAUUGCUCAACUUGUACGGGCCGGCAGAGUGUGCAAUACUGACCACCCUCCAGGACGUUCGUCGCUCGCCCAUGUUGAAUAACAUAGGAACCUCGCGGGGUGCCGUGUGCUGGGUGGUCGAUCCUCAGAACCACGAUCGUCUCUUCCCAGUUAACACCGUGGGCGAGCUGGUCAUAGAAGGUGCUAACGUCGGACGAGGCUACUUGAAUCGACCGGAUCUCACGGCGGCUGCCAUCGCCAUUUCUCGGCUAGAGGACCGUCUACCUAAUUUUAUGAUCCCCGCCAUUUUCAUUCCGUUAGUUUCUCUCCCUCUGUCCGAGACUGGAAAAUUAAAUCGCCGUCUUUUGCGCGAGCAAGCAACACUGCUCUCAUGGGACGACCUGUUAAGAGGGUCAACUUACAUUCGCUUGGCGUGGGCGUUGGCCCUCUCGCAGUACACCGAUUCGAGUGGCGUCGUUUUCGGCACAAUCGCCGAUGGUAGAAGAGUCCCUUUUGCCGGUAUUGACCAGGUUUCUGGGCCAACAUUGUCAUCGUACCCAUUGAGGGUGAGAAUUAACAGAGACCUCUCCGUCAACUCAAUGUUGUCACAACUUCAAUCCCAGACUACGUCUGCCAUCCCUUAUGAGCAUGCCGGGUUGCAAAGAAUUCGCAAAUUGGGUCACGAAGCGGCAUUGGCGUGCGACUUCCAAUGUCAGCUCGGCGUUCAGCCGGAGCUGGAGCCCGCAGAGAGUCCUUUUGGCACCCUGAGAGGAGAAAAUGAGCUGGACUACCGCGCCUUUUCGAGCUAUGCUUUUGUCGUGGUCUGCCACCCACGGCGCACCGCUAACGAACACCAUGUCACGAUCGCUAGCACCUAUGAUCCCGAGUUUCUACCUUUUGGAGCGCCUCCUACGGCAUCCCCAGCACAAGAUCCAGAUGUUCCCUCACUACACCCAUCGGAUUUGCAGCAAUUAGUUCAGUGGAACGGAGACCUGCCUUCAUCAUUCGAUCGAUGCUUGCAUGAACUGGUCUUCAGAUACUGCAAAACUCAACCUAACGCAGCUGCUGUGUCGGCAUGGGAUGGGGGGUGGGACUACCAAGAGCUGGAAUCCUUAUCAUCGCGACUGGCUCUGUUCCUUCAGAAUAAUGGGGUUGCUGCUGGUAGCCUUGUACCUGUUUUCUUUAAGAAGUCAAAAUGGACUGUUCUGGCGAUGCUGGCUGUGCUUCGUGCCGGCGCAGCGGUCACCGCCGUUGAUCUCAAGCACCCUAGAGAGAGAAUCUCGCAAAUCAUGGACCAAGUGAACCCGACAAUUAUUCUCGCCUCGGAAGGAACUAAGCACUUAUUUGUUAACGAAUCAGCCCCGGUACUCACUGCGCCUUUCGGAGGUCUGCUUUCUCCUGGUGAUUCAACGCUGAACCCUCUGGUUGCGCCGGAUGCCCCGGCUUUUCUUGUUUUCACCUCUGGCUCAACGGGUAAACCCAAAGGCAUUGUGAUGGAGCAUCGCCAUCUCAGUACUAGCAUCAAACAUCACUCCGAGCCUCUUGGGGCUUCCAAGGGCGUCCGUGGUCUACACUUUGCCUCAUACGCAUUUGACGCUACUAUCUAUGAAAUAUUCACAGUCCUCUGUAAUGGAGGGUGUGUGUGUAUCCCUUCCGAAGCAGAAUGUUUAAAUGGGAUCGAGAAAUUUAUUGAGAAACACGGCGUCAAUUGGGCGAUAUUCUCACCAUCAACGUUCCGAGUGUUGCACCCAGAACGUGUGUCCACUUUGCAGGCGGUUGUUCUUGGAGGAGAGGCAUUGAACCCGGAUAUCGCGAGAAAAUGGGGACCUCGCCUUAACCUUAUUAACGGCUACGGUCCAGCAGAGGCGACGAUUUGUGCCGCCGGCCGUGUUGACGACGGCUGGAAAGUCGGCAACAUUGGCCCUAUCACUGGAGGUGUGGGUUGGAUUACUCUUCCCUCAGAACCCACCCAGUUGGUCCCCAUCGGUGCCAUAGGCGAGCUAAUCAUUGAAGGUCCAGUAGUUACUAGAGGCUAUCUAGGCAAUUUCACUGGGGGGUUUAUUGAGCCUCCAGCAUGGCUGAAGCAGUUUCGCAAAGGCAGUCCAGGUCGUCUCUAUCGCACUGGAGAUCUGGCGCAAUACGCCGCAGACGGGUCGAUCCGUUUCAUGGGCCGGCGGGACACCCAGGUCAAGCUUCGUGGUCAGCGGAUUGAGCUGUCAGAGGUGGAAUACCUGGUGAAAACGUCUUUCAGGAAUCUGAAUGUGGUGGCGGAAGUCAUGCCAGUGCCAGGACACGAAGAAUCUACUAUGUUGGUAGCAAUAAUCGAAGAGGAGGAAGAGGAACACAUCUCGAACAUGGUUGCUGGGGUAUUUUGUAUGCCAUCAGAGAGCUUCAGGGCUCGGUCUCGUGCCGCUGCAAUGCAGAUAGAGAGGCUGGUGCCCGCAUACAUGGUUCCGUCAGUCUUUCUGCCGCUCCCUCAUCUUCUCUUCACUACCGGUGGCAAAGUAGACUGUAAGCGACUUCUCCAGGCAGCCUCGUUUUUGACCUUAGAGCAAAUAAAGGCCUACAGCUCGCUAGCCCCUAGUCCGAUUCGGCGGCCAUUGACGGCGGUGGAAAGGACUCUCCACCAGAUAUGGGCGGAUGUGUUGAAAGAUCCAGACAGCUUUGGUGUCGAGGAAAGCUUCUUUAGUCUAGGGGGUGAUUCGAUUAGUGCGAUGCAAAUGGCUUCGAAAUGUACGCCGGAUUAA